AUGAAACCGAAACACUGGUGUGGGAUGACUGCCAAAACAGGCACCGUGUUAUCAGGGAUCUUUAGCAUCAUAGCCAUGCACAUGUACCUCACCUUCGAACAGAAGUACAUGAAGAGCAGGAAUUGCACUGAAGUUAACCAUAAUCACAACAAUAUGAAUAUCCUGAUAAAGCAGUUCUUCAUCUGUUGGAGUUGGGAUAUUGUCCUCUUCCUGUCUUGCAUCACCAUCGUUGUCAGCUGCUUGCUCUUAUACUCAGUAUAUGCCCAGAAGUUCAGAGGCUUGAUCAUCUAUAUCAUCUGGAUCAUUUUCUAUGAAACUGUAAACAUUACACUACAAAUCUUCACCGACAAUAACAGGAACGCCAUAGAGGUCAGGAUCGUACACUGGUUUGGCUUGGUGGCCCGUAUACUCAUGCACUGUUUCUGGAUCUUCUUUGUCAUGACUUAUGCCCAUAUAAUCUACAAAAGUAAAAGCCAGAGCAAUAUCAUUUCCCACAGCCGACGUAUUUCUGCAGGCAGCAGAGAGUUCCCACGGAAGAAAUCAAAGAUCACGAGCUUGACCCGCCACUACAAAAAAGAACCUUAG